UAAGAAAAUGAUUCAAAAAAGUUUGAGGUAAAAUGAGGAUAAAGAUUAGGGGAAGGAAAAUUACAUCAUUGACAUUCAGCUCACAUUUUCUCUCCUCCCUUCGUUUCUCUGCAUCUCUCCCUCUCCCUUCCAUCACUCUUAGUCUCUUUCCUACUCACUCUAUCUCUCUUUCUCCUCUUCUCUCAAUCCAGGUCUCCUCCUUCCUCUCACAUCAACUUUUCCCCAGACUCCACAGCAAAGCAAACAAACUGAGCUUUAUUCAGUUCAGGUUUUCUCUGAACACCGUACAGCUCAAGUGAGAUUUGAGCUCUGAUCUUUGACUCUUUCCAGAACCUAUUCUAAAUUUCUACUGCAGGAGACCAAACAGCCAGAGACAAACUCCCACCUCUCUCUGAAAACUGAACCUUCUCUACCUUUUUACAGUAACAAACUUCAGUUCUUCUCUUGUCUCCCAAAAUAAACUCAACCCAGACGUUUCCGCUUUUUGUGUUAGUCAAUUUACAUUUGAAGGGACAUUUAUAGAUAAUUACAUUUAUGCAUUUGGCAGAAUCUUUUAUCCGAAACAACUUUUGCAGUUACACAUUUAUCAGUAUGUAUUUUACCUAGGAAUCAAACCCAUUACUUUGAUGUCGCUAGUGCCAUAUAAUGCCAGCACAAUACACUGUAGAAGCAAUAAUACAACACGAGUCCAAACAUUUACUCAGGCAGGUAUUACAGACAUUAAACACAACCAGCACUUUCAGCUGUGAAGUCACAAUGGUGCCCUAAAGCUGUAACCAUGGAAACCACUCUUUGUCAGUUUGCUGGAACGAUAUGGCAAAGCAUGGGCUACAGGAGGCAUUGGCGAUCGUUACCAUGGCAAUAACCAUAUAAAACAGUGAUGAUCAUCACAAGCCCUGCUUUUGUGUCUACAGUGUAGGUCAAAGGUUAGAUGCAGGAAGAAGACACAUAACAUUUCUAUUUGCACAACCUCACUGUGGAUUAAAAUAAACCACAUACGAAAUAUAGUUGUGCUAUUAUGUGAUAUCAAAUAACUCUCAGAGGAGAGCAGAAGGCACUGGAGCCGUCCAGGUAGGGGAGCUAUGCUCAAUCACGGGCUCAGUACCUGAUUAGACAUGCAUGGGUAAAUCCAGAGCCAUGGCCCUGCACUUCAGCAGUCUGUUCCAGUGUUAUUAAAUGAUCUGUUGGCCAGAGACUGUCUGUCUGAGGAAUUCAGAGAGAGCUGGGACAGUUUAACCCUGGCCGUGAUUGAACUUCGUCUGAAUAUACAAUGAUACAAACUGUAAAAAUGGAGUAGAAUUGAAGGGAGAACAUGAGUAGUUGCAGGAAUAAUAUCAAUAUAGCACAUCAAAAGGAAAAGAUUGUGGUAAACUGUCAAGUGUAUUGACGUAAUGGGCUCAAAUUCAACCUCAGAGGUAUUCUAGAUCUAAAUAAACCAAACUGGAACUUGAUCUCUGUCCAUGGUGCUGAAUUAAGCCUAUGACUGGCUUUCAUUUCUGAGCACUUUUUUUCCUCUGUAGAGACAAAUAUUGGUACAAAGUCUGUUUUCUGGGUGUUGAGUAAAAAUAUAGAGAGCUAAUGUUAAAUGUUUUUACUUCAUUAUUGCAUUAUUACAUGCCAAAUGUAUUCAUUUUGGUAUAAAGAUGAGUAAUGUUGUCUUUCGCACGCUCAUAAUAAAAAAUAAAGGUUCUUUAUUUAAAUCUAUGGUUCCACGGAACCUUUGAAAAAACAUUGAAAAUUGUUCUUUUAACAACUUUUCACUGAAGGUUCUUUCGGGAAGCCAAAAUGGUUCUGUUCCAUCGCUGUGAAAAGCUUCUUUUGGAACGUUUAUUUUUAGAGUGUAAAGCGCUCAUCACAUGAUCAGUUAAAGUAUGCUAUGUGUGUACUGACACAAUAAUUGUACGUUUAAAUCAGCAUAGUAGUAGGCUAAUUGCAAACGGUUUCUAUAACGCGUCAUGUUAUAACAGGCUGUCACACAAAAUACAAUUCCGUCACAUAAUCGUUGUCUCUAUUCGUGUUAUUAUGUAUGGUCUAACGUUAACAGACCAAUCAAAAAAGCUUUCCUUUCUACAAACCUCAUUCCCGAGAUUAGGUGUAAUGGGGGUGGGGGCUCCACCGGCAUUUACCGGCCGGCUCUUCGGGAAACUGGAACUUCUGAAUCAGCUCCGUAACUGAGCAUUUAAGUGCCGCAUCACGUUCGCAUGUGAAUAUUUUCUUUUGUUUGGACCUGUCUUGUGUUCAGCGCAGUGACGAAUGUCUUAAGUCGGCAAGGAAAUGCACACAAGUGGCCGAGCUGGAUCUGCGCGGAGAUCGCACGCAUUCUGCACCGCGGGUCGGUGGUGGAGAUUCGUGUUUUCAGACUGGUAACGGCGGAUAGCGGUCGUGCUGGGCGCGGUACGAGAUUAAUAUGGAUCAAUGACAUUCACCUAAUAGAUAAUGGAAUACACAAAACUGUAUUUGCGCAUUUGAAACUGUUUGUAAGUAGGCUACAUGACCAGUUCACUGUUAAAGAUACACCGUACUGGAUUCAUCAUCCUUUCUAAGACGCAGUGGACAUAUUCAAAGAGAAAAGUGAUUCGUUUCUAUUACGUGAAUUGAGCAUAUCACCUCCGGCACUCGGAUCAACAACGCAUUUAUGGAAACUGGGGUCUCUCAGAUGGCAUGGAACUGCAAAGACGUGACUGCAGGACCUGAUGAUAUUCAACGCAACGCUUCAUCAUUUCAGUGAUCCAGCUGCGUGGGUUGAACACUGAUGCUCCGUAUCUCUGAUGCUGAUGCUGGUUCAUCGCCCUUGCGCUGUUGCUGCAUUCUAGGAUGUUGCGACAAGUGUUGCACGAAGGGCUUAGGACGUCAUUCCACAAACUGGGCCACUUUGUCGCCAAUCACCCGGUGUUUUUCGCCUCCGCGCCCGUGCUGAUUUCCAUCCUGCUGGGCGCGAGCUUCAGCAGAUACCGCAUAGAGGAAAACGUGGAGUACCUGUUAGCUCCCAAACACAGCCUGGCGAAGAUCGAGGGGAACUUGGUGGAUAGUUUGUUCCCCGUGAACCGGUCCAAACACACGCUGUACUCGGACUUGCAAACACCCGGGAGAUAUGGCCGGGUCAUCGUGACUUCGCGCAGGGGGAGCGUGUUGGACCCCCACCACGUCAACUCGGUCCUAAAGUUACACAACACAAUCACUCAGAUCCAGGUUCCUAUGCUGGGAUUCAACUACACCUUUGCCCACCUCUGCUUACUGGACGAUAGCAAGAGCUGCAUCGUGGACGACAUCCUGCGGGUUCUGGAAGAGAUGAGAUCGGCACGGGCUUCCAACCGUUCAGCACCCCCUCUGCGUUAUCCAAUCACCAAACUCAAAGAUGGACGGGAGGCCUACAUUGGGCACCAACUGGGCGGAGUCCUGGCAGGUGGAGGGAGAGACGGGGUGCGUUCUGCUCGAGCCCUUCAACUCACAUACUACCUGCAAGCGGCCAGCCCACUGAACGAAGUGGUGGCGGCCAGCUGGGAGUUGCUGUUCUGCAGGGAGCUGGAGAACUUUGUUAAAGCUCAUCCGGAGCUUAGUCUGUACCCUUUUACCUCCUCUUCUCUUCAGAGGGACUUCCAAAGGACCAGUCGUGUAUCAGAGCGGCCGCUGCUCUUUAGCCUGGCUGCAUGUCUCUCACUAGCCAUGCUGUGCUGCUCAAUGCGAGACUGUGUGCGUACAAAGCCUUGGCUGGGUCUGCUGGCUCUAGUGACCGUCAGCCUUGCUACACUCACCUCUGCCGGCAUCUUCAACCUCACAGGAGGGAAAUACAAUUCAACAUACCUGGGCAUCCCUUUUGUCAUGUUAGGUCAUGGCUUGUUUGGCACAUUUGAGAUGCUGUCGUCUUGGCGUCGGACACGCGAGGACCAGCAUGUGAAGGAGCGGGUUGCUGCUGUAUUCUCAGACUGUAUGCUGCCCUUCACAGCUAGCACGGCCUUGCACGUGGUCACCUUCGGCAUCGGGGCCAGUCCGUUCACAAACAUUGAGGCCGUGCGUCUCUUCUGUCGGAACGCCUGUAUCUCAGUUCUCUUCAACUACCUCUACAUCCUCACCUUCUACGGCUCCAACCUGGUGUUUGCCGGCUACCUGGAAAACAACUACCGUCACAGUCUAUUCUGCAGGCGCGUACCGAAGCCUGAGUUGCUGCAGCAGAAGCCGGCGUGGUACCGCUUCCUCAUGUACACACAUUACAACGAGGAGGCCACAGAAGCAGGACCCCUACGUGCUUACGAGAGUCACCUGCUGGUAGCCUUUAUGAAACGGUACUACUGUGACUGGAUCACCAACACCUACGUCAAACCAUUCGUAGUUCUUUUCUACUUGGUCUAUGUUUCCUUCGCCCUCAUGGGCUACCUUCAGGUCAGUGAAGGGUCAGAUCUUAGUAAUGUGGUUGCCACAGAAACAAGCACUAUAGCAUACACCCGUGCCCAGCAGCGGUAUUUCAGCAGUUAUAGCCCUGUGAUUGGCUUCUACAUCUAUGAGUCCAUUGAGUACUGGAACACCAGCGUGCAAGAGGACUUACUGGAGUACACCAAAGGUUUUGAACGCAUCUCCUGGUUCGAGAGUUACCUCAACUACCUUCACGGGCUGAACAUCACCACUAGCUUGUCACGCAGCAACUUCACAGAGCGCCUGCGGUCUGGCUUUCUACGCCAACCCCGCUAUGUGCAUUUCUCAGACGAUAUCAUCUUUGCCAAACGUACGGAUGGGGAAUUUGAUGUGGUGGCCUCGCGUAUGUUUCUCGUGGCCAAGACGACAGAAAACAAACGAGAAGAGAUGUCAAUCCUACUGGACACACUGAGGAAGUUGUCGCUGACCUCCAGGGUGAAGUUCAUCAUCUUCAAUCCAUCCUUUGUGUAUAUGGACCGCUAUGCCUCAUCGGUUGGAGCACCGCUGAAGAACUCUUGCAUCGCUGCUCUCUUUCUGCUUUUCUUUUCCACCUUCUUGGCAGCUGACCCACUGGUCAACGCCUGGUUGACUGUGACAGUAGCCUCUGUUGAGUUCGGGCUGGUGGGUUUCAUGACUCUGUGGCGGGUAGAGUUGGAUUGUGUCUCAGUGCUGUGUCUGAUCUACGGGGUGAACUAUGCUGUGGACUCCAGCGCUCCGCUGGUAUCUGCAUUUGCUCUAGGCCGGGAAUCCACUCGUACGCGCUGGGUGAAACUGGCUCUGGAGCGACAUGGAGUUCCUGCCCUGCAGAGCUACUUGUGUUAUGGGGCAGCUCUGCUCCCUCUCGCGGCCGUGCCCUCGAACCUUACACGCACACUCUUCAGGUGCCUCUUUCUCACCGCCAUCAUCACCGCCUUCCACUGUUUGGCCAUUCUCCCUGUCCUGCUUACCUUCCUUCCUCCCUCCAAGAAAAAACGAUGUGAGAGAAAGAAUGGUGCGGAAAACAGGGAAGAAAUUGAGUGCAUGGAGAUGGUGGACAGCACACGUGUGGUUGAUCAGAUUACCACUGUCUGACCACAUGCCUGAAAAAGAGAGGCAGGCUGCAGGAUGUACAAGAGAGAAAAAAACAAAACACCCCCAAGGGGGCGACAGAGGAAGACCUGAGGUACGAGAGUUGGCCUUUGUGCAGCUGGGCUUCCAGUUACCAUACUUAGGGCAGAGAUGGCUUUUAAGUACUUCAUGGGUGUACUUUAGCAUAAACAAGUAUGAGCCCACAUUUUAAAAAAGGCUUUUGUUUGAUGGUAAAAGCAGAAGAUGAGUUUGAGGUUGAGCCAUUAGUGCUAUAUGUAUUGUUGUCAUGGUAAAAGCCCUAUGCAGGUUUGCUGCAGCUCAAUGAGAGCGAGGAAGGCCAGAUGAACCACACUGCUGCACAGUUGCAGAUAAUCACAGAGGGGGGCUUCUCUGGUCUGCAGUAUUACAGCAGCAGUAGAGCGGAAACAGUAACAAGCUAUUGCUUUGACAAAGCAUAGAUAGAGACUUACAAUAUUUCUGAUGCCCCAAGAACCAUAACAAGACUUUCAAGGGCACUAAGCUAAAGUCCAAGCAGCCAUAUUCAUAUCUGCUGAUAGCCAUGACUUUAAUGUGCCCCUCUUCUCAGAGGUUAGAGGUUUUGGUGAGACCAUAUUUUUGGAAUAUAGUGGUAUUAAAACUGUACAGCGUAUGACAAGAUCAGAAGGUUCAUAAUAUUUUCACCGACCGUGGUGACAGUCACCUCCCCCACCGUAACCAAGGUCUCAGAGGCAUUUAAGGCUGAUCUUGUAUAAAGGAAUCUAUAAGAGAGAAGAAAAAUGGGCGGGGAAAAGAGAAGGACUGAAGGGGGUAUGUGUUGGAGAGAUACACAGAAGCAAGACUCUGCUGACAGGUCGGUAUGCUGUGCAUUGCUUCCAUGGUAACUCUGGUCACAGUUUAGUUGCAUAGUGUAUGUAUAAUUUCCUACCCCCUAAGUUCAAUAAGGGCAAUGGUUACCAGUUAAGUUGCACUGCAGUGGGAGUAUAAUCUAUGAAGGAUUUAUCCCUGCUGCUCCUUGCUUAUUUUGUUUGCCUCUAAAAAUGCUGAAAAUCACCUUGUCACAGACAACGCUCUUCAUCAAUAUGCAUGAGUCUCUUCAUUUUCACCCUACUUUGCCCUCUGUGUAUGAGAGGCUUGAAAAAAAGAGAUAUAAAGAGACCUGGAGCAUAAAGAGAGUAUAGGAAAGGAGCAUCUGGCCUAUCAAAUCCACUUACUUUGCAAAUUCUCCUUGGCCCCAAAAGCAACUGAUAUCAAAUCAAUCAUGAGGUAAAACAGCAUCCCCUUUCAUUUUAAAAAUGUAACAUAGGUUUUUUGACCAUUCCCCACCUACUUGACCACCAGCCCUCACCUACUCCAUUCUUCUCCUAAAUAGUACUUCUGAAUCGCUGCACAGCCCACAAGCAUCUGGAUGAGAUAUAUACAGACACCUAUAUGGCUAAUUUAAUCUGCCCCUAUAUAUUUUCAGUGCUAGAGCCUCUCACAGCUGAUCUUACUGAUCUCAGUGCAGUAGCCAGUAUUCAAGACUCUCUCAGACUAAUCCAAGUAUAGUGCUCUGAAAGAUUCUCUCAACAAUUUAAAUAAAGUGUUCUAAGAUCUUUGAGUGAUCUCAGACCAGCAACCCAACUGCUGCUUUCACUGAUCUCAGCAUGCUGUUGAUCUCAGCUCUGUCUGAUCUCAGAACAGCACUGUAAAUAAAACUCACUAAUCUCUGAAAAGCACUGAAAUACAUCAAAUACAUCCUGCUUUUUCAGCACUUCUGUUGACAGGCCCUAUACUGAAUAAAAAAUGAUUUUCUUAAUCAGUAUUUUUGUUUAUCAAAACUGCAUAAAAUAUUAAGGCUUGUUUUCAGAGAAUAAACCUCUUUAUUUUUCGUACCCCUUUGACAAAUAGUAGUUUUAUCAUAAAUGAGCCUUAAUAUGUAAUGCAAUUUUGGUUAGGUAAAUUUAUCUUGUUUGAAUAUAGAAACAAGACGAAAAAAGACCCAAGAACAAAAGAUUAAGAAGAAAACAAAAAUACUCAUUAAGACAAUUAUUUUGUGCAGUGUAAUAGUAUCAAUCAUUUUCCCAAAUUUCUAUCUAUCUGUCUAUUUAGACAGCAUUAAUUUUGUAGGAUCAGCAGUGUGGUUUUAUGUGAGUAAAAUGGUCUAGUUAUGUCUAUGUACUUGAAUGUACUUGAAAGCGUGUACCCUUUAAGAGAAAUACAGUAUCAUGGACUUAGAAUGAUCUUCAUUUUAUAAAUGAAGCUAAAAAGUUCAUGUUCAUUACAAUCUCUUAUUUGCCUCCUGUCAAAACUGCUGGAUAUGAACAUUCAAUGCAAAGUCCUUCACAUACCUCUGCUUUACAGAUCCACUCAGGCUUACAUCCUUUCAUUUUUGUUUGUACAACACCUCCACUAUUUUAUUCAGUCCAAAUAUGAUUGCUCUGAAGCAGUAUUGGCACAAGGCCCUUUGAAGAUGUCAAAGCCAGUGGGAAGAAUGAGGGGGGGAAGUAUUUACUGUACACCCACACUGGCUUGCACACACACGUACAUACACAAAUUUAGAGUAGAGUACAUGCAUUCUACCUGACUGAUAUGCCUCUGGAAAUGAUUGUUGUUUUUUAUCUGUUUCUAUGAAUUUCAGAAGAAUAAAAAUAAAAAGAGGGUGAAAUGAAAAGUGAAAGAUAACAUAUCAUUUGUUUGUCUUAUUCCUUAUAUUAAACAGUAAAUUGAAUAAAUAUGUCUGCUGUUUUGCAGCAUGCUGCCAUCUAGUGGUCAGAGCAUGGCAACGUAAAGUUGUAGAUAUU